UUUGUGAAAUUUACCUUUAAAAAAAAAAACUUUACCUUAAAAAUAAAAUUCUAAGUCUAAAAAACUCUCUCUCUUCUGUGUUAUUUUUGUUCGAUCGUAGAAUAACGUUUGUGGUCACAUAAUUUUUUUUGUUCCACCGACAGAAACUUUCAGAAUUUGAUAGUGAGGAGGAUAGAUAGGAUGAUAGUAGGUGCUCGUACCCCGCUUAAAAGAUGGCAGCAGGCUGCUGUUGCAGUUGGCUCGGCAGUAGGUGCAUUGCUGAAUCCACGAAGAGCAGAUCUAAUAGCAGCCCUUGGGGAGACUACUGGAAAGCCUUCUUUUGAAAGAGUUCUCGAGAGGAUGAAGAGGAGCCCAGAAGGCAGAGCUGUUUUGUUGGAGCGACCACGUGUGAUAUCUACAGAAGUGGGGCAUGCUUGGGACCUACCACCGAACACAUUUGGUGCUGCCUAUGCAAACUUCAUGGGAUCAAGAAAUUUUUCUCCCGAUGACAGACCACCGGUGCGGUUCAUGGACACAGAUGAACUGGCAUAUGUAGCCAUGCGGGCUCGUGAGGUGCAUGAUUUCUGGCACACCCUUUUUGAUCUCCCUACCAACUUAAUUGGUGAGUCAGCACUCAAGGUGAUAGAGUUUGAGCAAAUGUACCUUCCCAUGUGCAUGCUGUCUGUUGUAGGGGGCACUGCAAGAUUCAAUGAGAAGCAAAGGAAAUUGUUUUUCCAGCACUACUUUCCAUGGGCUCUCCGGGCCGGCCUGCAGUGUACAGAUCUCAUGUGUAUAUAUUAUGAACAGCAUUUUCAUGAGGAUUUGGAGGAUGUUCGGAGGAAAUGGGGGAUACUUCCUGCUCCUGUUCCUCCUACGUAAGACGCUAUCUGAACAACAGCAACUGCACCUAGUUUGGUGGAUAGUUGCUUUGCUGGAUUUUGAGUUUUAUACUACUACUUGUACCAACAGCAACUUAUGCAGAAACGCACCAUGAAGCAAACAUAUAAUCUGCAUUUUUUUUAUUAGUGAGGCAGACCCUGACCAGAUGUUUAGUAAGACGGAAUUAAACUUUCUGCAUUAGUCAUGCAAAUAAACCAUUUUGAAAGA